AUGGAAGUACCCACGCUAGCUAUACCAGGUGAAAACAACUCACAAUACCAACAACAACAACAAUCACAUCCACAGUUCCAAUACACUGGACAGCUCCAGAAGAAACAAGCAGCAGAAGGUUCUGCAGAAUGGUAUUUUGAUCAAGGAGUCAACUGGAUGGGUGACCAUCCUUGGCUCACAGGACUUGGUGGUUUAACCAUUGCGUACUUUGCAGCUGGUCUUUUCAAGAAAAACCGUCCUGGUAUCAAUGGAAAAGCAUUUUAUACUGGGGGAUUUGGCCAAAAAAUGACUGCUAGAGAGGCGUUACAGAUAUUGAACUUGAAAGAGACAAAUUUGAGUAAGAUGAAAUUGAAGGAACACCACAGAAAAUUAAUGAUGGCAAAUCAUCCAGAUAAGGGUGGUUCAUCAUUCUUGGCAACUAAGGUGAAUGAGGCAAAGGACUUUUUGGAGAAAAGGGGCGGUAUGAAGGCAAAGUAG